AUAUAUAAAGCAAGCGUUAGGCUCCAGUCAGAUCACCAACAACAUCAACGAGGGAGAUUCUGUUCAUCUUGCCAACAACCAACGACAUCAUCUGCAACAUGAAAACUCAGAGUGUGCUGCUUUGUGUACUGAUUGCCUUGUAUUGUCGUAGUGGGUUCUGCUUAAGAAGAGAGACUGUGGAUGGCCACAUUGGAGCCCAACAAGUUUUCAAUCUAGUUGAAGCAACUUUAAACAAAGCCACCAAAGGAAUUACAGCCAAAGAACUCGUCGAUGUUGCCAGGGAAAUCAAGUCUUUGUCCGAGGGUUUUAGAGGCCAAGUUACAGACGAGGACGUCACUAAUCUUAUUAAUGAAGUCUCGGGAAAUCUCGGAACAACGUCUGUUAUUUCAGCCAUUUUGGAAGACAAAUUGAGCUUCAGCAGCAGGGUUCUGAACGACUAUCUGGAUAUAUGGAACAUUCUAGUCACGAGAGGCAAAGCAGAGCAAGCUUCAGGACAGUCGGUUGAUGUUAUUGUAGCUGCCAUUGGUAAAAUUGCUGAAUCGAUCGAGCCUCUUGUGUUGGAGUCAGACAAUGAGUUUAAAAUCUCACAAAAGAAUACAGGCAAUGGCGACCUUAACGCUGUUUUGGUAUAUGAAUUGAAUGACCAAGAAGACAAUACGAACUUUCCCACAAGAAAGGCAAAAAAAACUGUUGCUGAAAAACCAGCGGUAAGAUGGUGCUGCUUUUUGUGCUGGAGCUGUAGGGGUCGAGCACAGCAGUCUUAACACCAUUCUGAAACAAUCUUAAGGGACACACCAGCAUGAGUUUGAAUUAAACUUGUAUUUCAAGUGUGAA